CUAGUCUCACGGAAUUAGAAGACUCACAACUCUGUCUCUCUCUCUCUCAUCAUCUUACCUUUCACCAUUCAUCACGCAAUACAAAAAACUUCAUAUCUUACUAGUACUGUUACAGUUUGUUUCAGUUCUCAUAUAUCUCCAUAGAGUGAACUGUGAAGAAGAGAAACAUAGGAUUACCUCGUGUGCAGAGACUUUGAUAUAUUCCUUCUCUUUUUUAAACCAUAUGGUCUCUCCCUUUAUUGUCCACUGAACUUUUUAAGCCCUCACGCUUACACAAAAUCCUUUUUACCUUCUUCUUUCUAGUUCACUUUGUUAAAAGGACCUCACUUUGUUAUCGGCUUCAAAACUUUGUGCUCCGGUGGUUACUUUUUUUUUUUAACCCUUUAAGACUAUAUUCCAUCUUUUAACGACGUUGCUCUUUCUUUUUGUCAGAUGUCUUUGGUUUUGGUUCUGGCUUCAGUUUGAAGCUUCUCUUUGACUAUUCCUCUUCUUUUUAAUGCUACUAGUCUCGUGUGACACUCUCAAAGCAAUCUUCCUUUAUAUCUAUACACUUCUCUGUUUUCACUGGACACUAAGAAAAUAGCUUAACCCAAAACACUCUCAUGGACCAUCACACUAUGCUAUGUCCGAUCAAAUACACAGAGCACAAAAAAAUCAUCAGAAAAGUCACUAAACCCUCCAUCAUAAAACAUAAGAAAACAACCAAAACCCGAAAAUCCUCCGAGUUCAAUCCCACUAUUCCAAGAACUGUUCGGAUAUCCGUUACUGACCCUGAUGCAACUGACUCGUCUAGUGACGAAGAAGAGCUUUCCGGAAGAAAACGUGUCAAAAGAUACAUCAGUGAAAUCAGUAUUGAAACAUCAUCAAUCAAUGAUGUCAUUAAACCUCUAAAUAACGUCAAGACCAUCAAGAAACAAAAGGCAUUGAAGGUGAAGGAAGUCCAGCAACAGGCAGACGGAACUGUAAGGAAGUUUAGAGGUGUUCGUCAACGGCCAUGGGGUAAAUGGGCCGCAGAAAUACGCGACCCGGCCCGUCGUGUAAGGCUUUGGUUGGGUACUUAUGAAACUGCUGAAGAAGCUGCUAUGGUUUAUGACAAUGCGGCUAUUAAGCUCCGUGGACCAGACGCUUUGACGAACUUCAUCACUCCACCAACCAAGGAAAAGUCAGAAGUCAAUGUGUCUUCGAAUUCGGGCUACGAAUCGGGUGAUGAAUCCCAUAAUAUAUGUUCUCCCACUUCUGUUUUGCGGUUCAGAACUAGCCAAUCCAGUGAAGAAGCAGAACAACAAAAAAGUGGGUCCGGGUUCGGGUCCGAACCGAUUCUUGAAGAAGCGAAAGGAGAUGUUUCGGAAGAACAUUGUCAAUUGGUUGAAGAACCAAACAGUGAGCUAACUGUUGAACAACUUGAAUGCCAGGGUGAAACAAGCAUCUCACCAGACUAUUCAAACGAGUACUUGCCUAAUGAUGUUCCAUUCUUGGAUAAUUUCUUCAACUUCGAUGCUGCGGAACAAACACUAUUUGAAGACUCGACGAGUUUCGCCAAUGAUUUGUGCACGUCGUUCGAUGAAAUAUCUUCUUGGAAUUUCGCGAAUGACUUGUUAUUAGACCAUGAUAUUGGCAAGUUUGAGGAUUCAUUUCAAGACUUGGGUGCAUUAGAAGUGGAUAGUUUUUUCAGAGACAUUGGAGAGUUUUCCAGUGUUGAUGCUUUAAUGGCCUUAUAAUCCACUAUCUAUUUCUCGAAAGUGUUCAUUGUUGCCGGUUUGCCUAUUAUUGGCAAAUUUUGUGUACCGGCGACAAAAAGAAAUAGGCUAGUGCCUUCUCUGUUUUACUUAUAGAUUAUAUUAGAGUAGUUUGUUUUAGAUUCUCCGUGUAAGUUAACGGAGUAAACAAGUAGAGUCUGGUUUUUCGUUUUUAUCAAAAAAUGUGUUUGAUAAUAAGUAGAGAGAGCUUCUACAGUGUUUCGAUGUAAUGCUCUACCUGGACUAAAUGAAAUGCAUAAUGUUUACUGAAA